GUGUCCAAACCAAUUCCACUUUCAGCGAAAUAUUCUUAGCCAUUACUGAAAUGUGGCACCACUGGAAUUCUGAAACGUCAGCCUAGACGUCAGCAGCAAUUUUUACGGAGAAAUAAGUACUGCCACAAACAGAAAUGGCCGGUCAAAGCGAACAGAAAGAACCGGCGAAAGUACUUAAAGUGAACAAGUGGGAUGGAGCUGCUGUUAAAAAUGCACUCGAUGAUGCUGUCAAAGAAGUGUUGGUGGACAAGUUUAAUUACACCGAAAAUUUCGCUCUUGUCGAUGGGCGACUAGCUAUUUGCACUCUGGCUGUCGGUAUUGCUGGCUUUGCCUUACUAUGGGACUAUCUACACCCAUUUCCACAAUCUAAGAUUGUUUUACUAGUUUGUGUGCUUGGUUACUUUCUUUUAAUGGGAGUCCUUACCCUGUACACAACACACAAGGAGAAGGGAAUUUUUGUUUCGGCCUACCAAAAAGAUUCUGCUGGAGGAGAUGCAGUGAAUUCUUGGGAAGCUAGCUCUUCUCUAAACAAGUAUGAUGAUUUGUAUGAACUAGUAUUGUCAUACAAGGAUGGAAAAACCAAGAAAAUCAGGGAGGCAAAAUCAAAGAGAUCUGUAGCACAGUAUUUUGAUGACAAUGGUGUAUUAUUGAUGGAACUUGUGGAACCUGAAGUGACAAAGCUUCACAACAGUUUGUUGUCUGGUCGUAAAAGUAAAUAAAUUUGACUUGGUAAAACCAAGUUUGAUUUUCCAUAA